AUGGCUGCCACGUCCCAGUAUAAUAACCAGGGCUAUCUCCAGAACGGUGCAUCUGGCCUCCCUCCCGGUGCUGCACCUUUGCUGCCCAACCAGGGUCGUGUCAUCCAGACUGGUCCCAUCCGCGUUCUGUGCAUUGCUGAUGUCCGAGGAAAUCUGCGAUCUCUGAACGACCUUGCCAAGCAGGCCCGCGCCGAUCACAUUAUCCACACGGGCGACUUCGGCUUCUACGAUGAUACAUCACUCGAGCGGAUUGCUGAGAAGACUCUCAAGCAUGUCGCCCAAUACUCCCCUCUGAUCUCCGAGCCUGUCAAGAAGUCGAUCCAGCAAGGUGCCCCUGGCCCCGUCAAGAACCGCUUCUCGCCCAGCGAGCUGCCCCUGUCGGAGCUGCCCCUCCUCCUCAGCGGCGAGGUCAAGCUCGACGUGCCUGUCUACACCGUCUGGGGUGCCUGCGAGGAUGUCCGCGUUCUCGAGAAGUUUCGCUCGGCCGAAUACAAGGUGAACAACCUGCACAUCAUCGACGAGGCCCGCUCGAUGCUCCUCGAGCUCGGCGGCGUCAAGCUGCGACUGCUCGGUCUCGGCGGUGCCAUCGUCAUGCACAAGCUGUUCGACAACGGCGAGGGUCGCACCACCAUUGCCGGCGGCCAGGGUACCAUGUGGACCACGCUGCUGCAGAUGGGCGAGCUCGUUGACACGGCGCAUCGCGUGUACGACCCGACCGAGACCCGCAUCUUUGUGACGCACGCCUCCCCCGCUCGCGAGGGCAUCCUCAACCAGCUGUCCGUCACCCUCAAGGCCGACUUCUCCAUCUCGGCCGGUCUCCACUUCCGCUACGGCAGCUCGUACAACGAGUUUAGUGUCAACCCGACACUGGACCACUACCGUGGCAAGCUGGCCGCCUCCAAGGCCUCCUUCAAUGACGUCUGGGACACCGUCAAGGCCGAGGUUGAGCCCGCCAUUCAGCAGAAUGAGGCUCAGCAGAACCUGCUCAGGAACGCUCUGCAGAUUGUCGAGAAGAUGCCCACCACGGCGGCCGGUGGCAACCCCUUUGGUGGCCCCGCCGCCGGCCAGGCUGCCCUUGGCCAGGUGGACGAGACCGCCUUCAAGAAUAUGUGGAACUUCAACCUCGCUGACGCUGCCUUUGGCUACCUCGUGCUCGAGAUCCAGGACGGCCGCAUCGGCACCGAGAUGCGCGCCCAGGGGUUCAACUUCUCCCACCGCGGAUCCAAGCAGCAGUCUGGAAACGCAUCGCUCGUCCCGUCGAGCGCAACGCCCGCUCCUCCCUCAGCAGCCCCGACGCCCCCCGCCCAAGCUGUCCGCCAGCCGCCGCCGCCCGCCGCCGCCGCCACCAAGUCGGCGACGCCGCAGCAGACGGAGAGCAAGGAGAGCGUCGACAGGUCGUCGACGCCGGCUAACGGUUCGAUCAACACGGCCGCUGCCUCCGCCAACGGCCCCGACACGGCGACGUCGCCUGCACCCAAGACACCGGCCUCGGACAUUAUCGGACUCUUCAUCAUGAAUGUCAGCACCGAGGAGCAGUGCCGCGAUCUGUUCGUCGACGAGGACAAGGCCAAGAUAGUCAAGGUGGAGAAGUGGGGUGCGGUUAACAAGGUGGUCCACUUCAAGACGAUAGAUGACCGCGACGGUGCCCUGGCACGACUGCCCGAGGAUGUCAAGACGCGCACGCAGGAGGACCGUUCGAAGCCGCUGGUCAACAUCUUCAAGCCGCGCGAUACGGGCAAGCCUUUUGCCAGCCGAGGCGGCGCAGGUACGUGGGGCAGCAGCAGCCGCGGCGGCAACAGCUCCAGC